UUAUAUACGCGUCUAGUAAAUUUUAUGCUUUGCUUUUUUAUUUCCCCUUUUAUCGGUUUUGAAUCGCGUACGCGCUUCUUUGCGGGUUCCGUUAUCUCAUUUUGUCACCCAUGCGCUGCUCAGCGCGGCGUCUGUUGCAAUUUUUGACCAAAGUUCAUCUUUUCAUGUAAAUAAUAAUUUCUUGAGAAGAUGAUUUUUGCAAAUAGGAUCUCGUCCAGCGCGAUAGGAGAGAUGAAAAUCUUAGCGCGGGAUUCAUCAUGCUCUAUGUGUUUUUAGCGGUCCUUUGUUGCAGUGCUACCCUGAAGACCGUUUCAGCAGUCAAACUAUGCGAACCAUCCAAUUAUAUAUGUGCAGGACGUUGUCCACCUGUUCCACGAGGCCUUCAGCUUCAGUCACAAGCCAUAUGCUUGAAAGAUACUCAAGGAGCAUGUGUUUGUUUCUUACGUAAUCCUUCUAGUCACAUAGAUAGUUUUUUUCAGUGUGAAGUUGAAAAAAAUGGAUACAGAACACAAAUCUUAUGUCAAGCUCCUGAGCACUGUUUCCUGCCAGGACCCGAACCCGGUUGCUUGAUAAUUCCGAACUGCUCAUGCUCUCUUUACAGCCAACGAGCUCCAGACCUGAAAUUUGAACAUUGGAGUGUGUUAAAGGAGGCAAUUGUACAUACGGCAAUAAGAUCCAAAGAGAAAGAUAGCGAAGGAAAUCAUAAAGAGAAGGUACAAGGCGAUGUGAGAGAAUUCAGCUUAAAGCAUCUUUUGUUUUUGCUUGGAUUUGUGGUUGCCCCUUUAAUCUGUUGGUGUUUUCUGUAAGUAUUUAAAU